AUGGAUACGGUCCAGAUAAGAUAUAAGUGUGUUGAGAGGCUCGCAGCAGAGGAGUAUGAGAAAGAGAGAGAGCGCGCGAGAGCGCCACCCAGGGGGCGCACAGAGAUCACCCUGAGCCUGAGCCCCACCCCCUCCAGUCGCUCCGCCUCCCCCCGCUGUGCCACGCCCUCCUCCAUCGCCUCUCCGGAAGACGCUGGCAACAUUCCAUCCCAGACAUCCCAGACGCAGGGAAGUGAAGUAGACGUAGAGCCAAGCCGUGACCUUCAGACUAGAACUACAAGUCCAGCGCCAGAGUUAAUAGUAUCAGGACCUUCUCCAGAACCCACAGAGCCCCCCUCCCAAACUCCCCCGGCGCCAGCCGAGGAGCAGGCAGAGACAGAGACGCAGACAGAGAAGCAGGAAGUAGCUGAAGUUGAGUCCAAGCAGGAAGUACUAGAGCUAGUGGAGUUAGCGGUAGAUGAACAGACACAGGGUAAAGAGCAAGAAGAAAGUGAGGAGGAGGAGGAGGGUAAGGAGGAAGAGAGACAGUCAGGGAAUGAGGUAGAGGGAGAAGAGAAGGUAGAAGAGGAGGUAGAGGGAGAAGAGGUGGAGAUAGAAGAUGUAGAAGUGGUAGAGAUAGAGGUGGAGGAGGAGGGAGAGAGGGAGGUGGAGGAGCGGCUGGUCCUCCUCAGUGAGAAGGAGAGGCAGAACGAGGAAGUGAAUGAGAAGGACAACUGUUCUGCCUCCAGUAUCUCCUCAGCCAGUAGCACUCUGGAGAGAGAGGAGAGGGAGGAGAAAGUCAACAGCAACCUUGAACCAGGCCAGUGCAUUAAGGAGGAAGACGUGAACGGGCAGUGCAGCAAGAUCCUCAACAGCAAGCGCUUCAUGCUGGACAUGCUCUAUGCCCAGAACAAGACCGCUGCCGACGAGGACGAAGAGAAGGCGGGAGAGACGGAACAGACGGAGAAAUGCAAAGAGGGGAUGGAGACGUCAUCGCUAGAGGGUCAGGACGGGUCGUCGGUGGCCAGCUUAGCCAGUCGUAUCUCUACACUGGAGGCCAGCAGGCAGGCCUGCGAGGAGAACGUCAAGAAGAUGGAGGUGCAACACCUGGAGAACCAGGGGAGCGUCAGGGCCGUGGCCGAGAAAUUUGGAGACCUUGUUAAAAGCCUUGUGUCGCCUCACGAGCUGGAGGCAUUGGAGAAGCAGCAGCAGGGGCAGCUUCAACCUGAUAAAGACAAAGCUCCUCCGGCCCCGUCCUCCUCUCCCCUACCUCCUAAGAAGGAGUCAGAUUAUAUCUGGGACCAGCUGAUGGCAGCCCCCAGGGAGCUGCGGAUUAAAGAGAUGGACUUUACAGACCUGGCAGACGAGGAUGAUCUGGACAUCUUAGACGUGGACAGUGUGCUGAUGGGCUCCAGUGACCUGAUGAUCCCUCCCCCUCCUCCCUGUCUCUCCACCCUGCCCCCUCCCCCUCCCCUGGGCCUGUUCGGCUGCCCCCCGCCCCCUCCUGUCCCUGGCAUGAUGCCCCCUCCCCCGCCCUUCAUGCCCCCCGGACCCGCCCAGCCCUACCCGGGGUCCCCCCAGCUGAGCCGAGGGACAGCGGAGCCCCCUCUGUUCCAAAAGAAGAAGAAGACUAUCCGUCUCUUCUGGAACGAGGUAAGGCCCAUGGACGGCCAGUACAGGAGCCACAAGCGUUGUAGAGAGUCUCUCUGGUCCAAACUGGAGCCAGUCAAAGUGGACACGUCCAAGCUGGAACACCUGUUUGAAACCAAGUCCAAGGAGCUGCCUGUUACCAAGAAAACAGCAGUGGAUGGGAAACGACAAGAGAUUAUUGUCCUGGACUCCAAACGGAGCAAUGCCAUCAACAUCGGGCUGACCGUCCUCCCCCCUCCCCGCACCAUCAAGACAGCCAUCCUCAACUUCGACGAGUACGCUUUGAACAAGGAGGGGAUCGAGAAAAUCCUGACGAUGAUCCCGACGGAGGAGGAGAAGCAGAGGAUCCAGGAUGCUCAGCUGGUGAACCCUGACGUCCCCCUGGGAUCAGCAGAGCAGUUCCUCCUCACCCUGUCCUCCAUCACGGAGCUGUCCGCCCGGCUGCAGCUCUGGGCCUUCAAGAUGGACUACGAGGUCACGGAGAAGGAAGUGGCAGAGCCUCUGCAGGACCUUAAGGAAGGGAUGGACCAACUGGAGAAGAACAAGACGCUGCGUUACAUCCUGUCCACGCUGCUGGCUAUAGGCAACUUCCUUAACGGAUCCAACGCGAAGGGCUUUGAGCUGGGUUACCUGGAGAAGGUUGCGGAGGUAAAGGACACGGUUCAUAAGCAGUGUCUACUGCACCAUGCCUGUUCCAUUGUGGUGGAGAAGUUUGCAGACAGCUCAGACCUGUACUCUGAGAUAGGAGCCAUCACCCGUCUCGCUCAGGUGGACUUCGACCAGCUCCAAGACAACCUGAGCCAGAUGGAGCGACGCUGCAAAGCAUCGUGGGACCACCUCAAGGUCAUCGCCAAGCACGAGAUGAAGCCUGCGCUCAAACAGAAGAUGUCUGACUUCCUAAAGGACUGUGCAGAGAGAAUCAUCAUCUUGAAGAUAGUCCAUCGGAGAAUUAUCAACCGGUUCCAUGCCUUCCUGUUGUUCCUGGGCCAUCCAGCGUACGCUGUGCGGGAGGUCAGCAUCCACCGCUUCAGUAAGAUCCUCAGUGAGUUUGCCCUGGAGUACCGGACCACACGGGAACGCGUCCUGCAACAGAAACAGAAGACACCCAACCACAGAGAGAGGAACAAGACCAGAGGAAAGAUGAUCACAGAUGGUGGAAAGUUUGGCGGUAGCGCCCCGGGGCCUGUAAGCCAGGAGGGCGUGCUGACGCAGGGUCUGCAGUACGCAGAGGAUGCAGCGGAGCAUGAGAACAUGAAGGCAGUGCUGAAGAGCAGCUUGCAGGGCUGCAGUGACAGUGGAGCGUCCACCGUGCCAGGCCUACGUACACGCACCAGAGCCAGCAGGCCAGGCCGUGUGGGUCCUUGGGGCUCAUCAGUGAUUGAAGACCCACCUAAUUGCACAGAGACAGACGCUGCAGAUGAGAUCAUGGAGCGCAUCGUCAGGUCAGCCACUCAGGGGCCCAGGACACGGACAGAGCCUCGCGAGAGGAAGAGGUCCAGAGCCAACCGCAAGUCACUGAGAAGAACACUGAAAAGCGGUCUGACGCCAGAGGAGGCCAAUGCCUUGGGGUUGUCCAGUGGUUCAGAGAUGGCUGUGUGACAGGAAGAGAAGUAGAGCUGGAUCCGGCAGCACAGCACACACAGACACCUGGGAAACCCUCUUACCGCCCGCCCCGCCCUUCACUGACCCCUGACCUCUAACCCCUGCUCAUCCAGCCAGCCAGUCAACCGCUGCACCAUAGCUUCGCUUGGUCUUUCCCCUGGUUCAGCUUUAUGAUGACUGUAGCUCACCUUCCUGUCUGUGGUUUGUGCAGGGAGCUGUGACACUGUGUUCCACCUGGUUAAGAUGGUAAACAAUGUUCAGGAAGAGACCAUGAGGAAUAUGGUCCUCAUCCAGAAUAAUAGAUGGUUUUCAGUGGAACAGUGGUAUUAGUAUAGGGGCAGUUAAAGGGGUUCAGUGAUCCAGCUGACUCAGCUCCACACACACACACUCAGGUAAAGUUCAGCAUCCAAACCACUACACUAUGCUGCUGUGCCGACUUGAGUGUUUCUUAAUGGUGUUGUUCCAAUCAGUUGUUUCUCCUAACCUUUGAAUAUGAGGCUGAGGCCUUUGAGGAACAGCUCACAUCUCAACUGUAAGUCUUAAUCACUUGAUGAAGCCCACAGUGACCACAUGACUAGUGGUGAAUCUCAGUUGUAUUUUCUUGAUUCCUCGUGUCUUCUAUCCUCACCUGUCUACACAAGGCAUUGGAGGACUAGAACUGAGGUUCGUCCUCCCUAACCUUUUCCUCAAUUGAGAUUCACCCUAUGACUGAAAGAUACAAACUGAGACUUACCUACACAGAAGACAUUUAGCCUCAGGACUUCUAAAGGGAGGGGCAUGCGAGUGCUUGAAUCACUGUGGACUUGUGUCUGAACCAAAAAGGCCUCGGAGUUGAAUAGUAAAGAAGUUAGCAUUGACGCUAAAGAAGUUAGCAUUGAUGCUAAAUAAGUUAACAUUGAUGCUAAAGAAGUUAGCAUUGAUGUUAAAGAAGUUAGCAUUGAUGUUAAA